UUGGGGUCCCAGCAUGGGCAAAGAAAGGCCAAUUUCCUUCCUCUGGUAGUAAGUACCCGCCAGUGAGCAGCGCGAGGGACCGGAGUCGCUAUGCCGCCGUGUUCCAGGACCAGCACGCAGAGUUCUCGGAGCUCCAGCACCACGUGGGCGUCACGCAGGCCAAGCUCCAGCAGCUGGAGGCCCUGCUGAAGUCACUGCCCCCACCACGAAGCCAGAAGGAGGCUCACGUGGCAGCUCGGGUCCGGAGAGAGUUUGAGAAGAAGCGGGCGGAUCCUGGCUUCCUGGAUAAGCAGGCUCGCUGUCACUACCUGAAGGGCAAACUGAGGCACCUCAAGGCCCAGAUCCGAAAAUUCGAUGAUCAAGGGGACAGUGAUAGCCAGGAUUCAGUCUACUUCUGAGUGUCCUGGAGACGGUGGUGGCUUCUCCUCCUCCCAUGGGGAACCAAGUCCUGUUGAGAGUCCCAGAGAAUAAACAUGGAUUAGGCACCUAC